AUGGCUCUAUCAUCAAGCGAACAUUUAGACGAAGCCGACAAAAAGCUGGAAGCUAUGGGAUACAAACCAGUGUUCAAGCGCGAAUUUUCUUCCUGGUCCACAUUCAGCUUUGCCAUGAGCAUAUCCGGCAUAUAUGGCUCCUUGAUAUCUACUUGGGUCUAUGGACUUCAGGCUGGUGGCGCUGCAGCCAUCAUGUGGAGCUGGAUUGUUGGUGGUGCAGGCGCUCUAGCGCUUGCUGUAAGCCUUGCCGAGCUGUCAUCAGCUUAUCCCAAUGCCGGGGCAAUGUAUUACACCUUACGGUUUCUGGCGCCUGAGAAGCACAUGCCUCUUCUUUGCUGGAUGUCAGGAUGGAUUACAUUGAUUGGGACAAUCGCUGGCAGCGCCUCGACCGAGUAUGCCACAAGCCAGAUGCUCCUUGGUGCCAUCUCUAUCGCCACAAACUCGACAUACAAACCCACUGUUGGUCAUGUUGUUGGAGCCAUGGCGUUGCUGACCUUGAUUCAUGCCGGCAUCAACACCUUGCCUACACUCUGGCUCACCCGUCUGACCAGCAGCUAUGUGGUGCUCCAUAUGACCGUGCUUGUCAGCGCCUGUGUUUACUUGCUGGUUCAGACGAAGAAUAAGAACAGCCUAGCCUAUGCUUUCACAGACUUCCAGCCAACAUCAGGAUGGUCUCCCCCGGGAUUCGCGAUUCUGUUUGGCUGUCUUACCCCCGCGUGGAUCAUGACAAGUGCUGACAGCACUGCUCGCAUCGCCGAGGAAGCAAAAUCCCCAGCAUUGACCAUCCCUCGCGCCAUUUUCGUUGCAUCAUUGUCAACAUAUAUUUUGGGGUUUGUGUUCAACCUUGUUUUGGUUCUUUGCAUGGGCCCAGGAGGUCCCUUUCCGCUGCUAAAUUCGCCAUCUGGCCAACCCGUCGUGGAGCUGUUCACUCAAGCACUCGGACGGGCUCCAGCCAUCUUCUUCACACUUUGUGGAGUUAUUAUCAUGAAUAUGGUUGCCAUCCCUGGUGCUCAGGCUGGUAGCCGUAUGGUCUUCGCUUUGGCUCGCGACGAGCUGGUCCCUUUGGCACGCAUGUGGACACGGGUGGAUGUCAAGAGGGGCACGCCUAUCCUUGCGGUAUGGGGUGAGCCUGAGAUCUAA